GGCGGCGCCUCAAAGCCCGCGCCUCGCUGCGGCGCUGGGGGCCAUGGGCGCGAGGGGCGCGCGGGCCGCCCUGUGGGGCGUCGCGCUGCUCUGCGCGCUGGGCCUGGGCCGGAGCUCCCCCGGGGACCCGAGCUGCGGGCCCGGCCGCCGCCUGCACGGGGCCGGGAGGGACGCGCGCUGCUGCGGCUCCUGCGCCUCGGCCGAGGCCUGCCCGGAGGGGCGCUGCACGUGCAUCCAGUCCGAGUUCCACUGUGCAGACCCCGACUGCACAACCUGCAAGCACCACCCCUGCCCGCCCGGCCAGGGGGCGAAGGCCUACGGCAAUUUCACGUUCGGCUUCAAGUGUGUCGACUGUGCCGCCGGGACCUUCUCUGGGGGCCGCGAGGGCCGCUGCACUCCGUGGGCCGACUGCUCCCGGGCUGGCCUUCGCACCGCGUUCCCUGGAAACAAGACGCACAACGCCGUGUGCAGUCCGGGGCUGCCGCCGCCCGCUGAGCCGCGCUGCCCGCUGACGGCCGUCCUGGCCGUGGCCGCCUGCGUCCUGGUCUUGGUGGUGGCCCAGCUCGGCCUGCACCUCUGGCAGCUGAGGAGGCAGCGUGUGUGGCCCCCAGAGACCCAGCUGCUCCCGGAGGCACCGGCCCAGCUGCCCGAGGACGCCUGCAGCUGCCAGUUCCCGGAGGAGGAGAGGGGGGAGCAGCUGUCGGAGGACAAGGGCCAGCUGGGGCACCUGUGAGCGAGGCGGCCGCCCUCCGGCCGUGGACCUUGAGCCAGGCCCCUCAGGAACUCGCUGGCUGACCCUGGUGAGCCCGGGCUCCGUGCCCUGCUGAGGGCCCUCUCUGGCCCGGCCCUGCUCCCCUCGACGGCGGAAGCGGGUGGGGACGGCAACGGCGGCGAGUCCCCAGGUCGUGCAGAGGAGGCAGCAGCCGGAGUGGACGGUGGGGGACACGGACGGGGCUGUGGCUGCCGGCCCUGCUGGGAGGGGGCUGCGGACCCCUCGUUCCCCGGACUGGAGGCCGUACACAGCCUCGGACCUGGCUGCAGGCGGCGCUCAAUAAACACUUGUCCAGGGA